GAGAGGGCUCUCUCCAGCUCACGCUCAGACCGCUGAGAAAUAGCAGGCAGAAGAUGGCUGAGUCGACCGGGCAUGGUGAGCCCGCAACAGCCGCACCAACAGCAGCAGCAGCAGCAUCAACUUCACUGGGGCUUCUCGCGUGCCUGCCAUUCGCUGCCUCUCUUCAACUCUGAAACAGCCCCGCCUCGCUCCGUGCCGCGCGCCCCGGGUUUUUGCCCCCAAAUAUUGACAGAGAAUUAAAGAAAACAUGGCUGAGAUGGAGAAAGAGGGAAGACCCCCGGAAAACAAGAGGAGCAGAAAACCAGCUCACCCCGUGAAGAGGGAAAUUAACGCGGAGAUGAAGGUCCCGUCCAAUCGGCCCCUCCCAGAGGCGGGGCAGGCAGGCAAUCUCCAUGGCAACUCGCCCUACUUGAUGAGUUUUGCCGAAAACACAAUGAAUGAGUUACUUGGGUGGUACGGAUAUGACAAAGUGGAGUUACGAGAUUCAGACGACAUUGACAUUCGUAACUACCCUGAUGGAGAAAUGCGGCAACACAUCUCUGUACUGAAAGAGAACUCUUUGCCAAAAGCAUCUACAGAAGAGAACAGAACUGGUUCUCCUCCGCAUGCCAACAGCUCUGGCUCUACUCCCACAUCACGGAAUGGAGUGACAGCCGAGGCAUCCGCAAACCCCUCCUCCUCUAAGGAGCACGGAGGCCUGCCAAUCAUAGUGCCCUUAAUCCCGCCCCCUCUGAUUAAAGUACCAGCAGAGGAGGACACCUCUAAUGUUCAGAUAAUGUGUGCGUGGUGUCAGAAAGUAGGAGUAAAGCGUUAUUCUCUCAGUAUGGGCUCUGAGCUGAAGAGUUUCUGUAGUGAGAAAUGCUUCGCCGCCUGUCGACGUGCCUACUUCAAACGCAACAAGCUUGGAUAUGUGAGGAAUUGCAGUGCCAGAGAGGAGGAGGGCGUUCCACACCACAGCUUGUCCAAAGACACGCCCAGACUUGUCCUCAAGACAAACAGCGAUGUGCUUGUCUGUGACUGGUGCAAACAUAUCCGCCACACAAAGGAAUACCUGGAUUUUGGUGCAGGGGAGAGGCGGCUCCAGUUCUGUAGUGCAAAGUGUCUGAACCAGUAUAAGAUGGACAUAUUCUAUAAAGAGACACAGGCUGCACUGCCAGGGGGACUGUGUAACCCUCCUCUCCCUGCAAGUGAUACUAAAUCAGAGAGCGGAGCUGGUGUACAACUCCUGACACCUGAGUCCUGGAGCGCACCUCUAAACGAACUCCGCAGUCGUAAGGCACCUUCACCAGGGGGCACCACCUCUGUAGCCAGACCCUCUGGAUCCACGUCGGGGUCACCGUCCGAAACUGGAACUGUGUGUUCAUCCUCAUCCUCUUCAUCAUCGUCAUCAUCAUCUACGAAAAUUCCUACACCGCGGCCACACGAGAGUCCUGCAUUACCGGCCCUUCCCCCACCUCAUUUAGCGAGUUUACACCCAGCUCUGGGUGUGCCACCUGGCAGCCCACCGAUGGUCAUGACACCCCGUGGCCCGGUCCCUCUGCCUCUCUUUAUGGAGCACCAAAUGAUGCAGCAGAUUCGCCCUUCGUUUCUCUGUCCCCCAGUCCCCAACAGCCCCCAUUCUAAUCCUAUGAUUCCAGGCAUUGGGCCACCACCACCUCCUCGGACUUUUGGUCCUCCGUUGAGUCCCAUGCACCGCUCGCUCCUCUCUCCUCACAUGCACCCGUCCUCCACUCCAACACUUCCUGGGAACCCUCCAGGUAUGUUGCCCCCUCACCCUGGCACUCAUAUGCCAGCCUUGCCUUUUCCCCCAGUUAACAUGAUGCCAGCUGGGCCCAUCCCAGUUCCGCCCUAUAUGAACAUUGGCAUGCCUUCUCUGGCCCCCUUAGUGCCACCACCUACAUUAUUAGUGCCCUAUCCUGUGAUUGUGCCAUUACCAGUCCCCAUACCCAUACCGGUGCCCAUACCGUUCAGUCCUCAAGCAUCAGGUGAUCGACCAGGAAAUGACGGAACACUUCCAAAUGCUGCAAGUGAACGGAGUGAUUCAAGGGCACCACCCUCGUUUUCUCCCGGCUCCUCUAGAAGGGAGGGGAGAGACUUUCAACAAGCCCCUCCCACCUCAGAUACACUCUCGCCUGGCUUUUCAAAGCAGAAAGAGCAGGGCAGGACAAAUGUUGUUAAUCUGAUGGUUAAAACAGAAAACUCUAGUAAUGGAAGCUCUGGAAACUCCUACAAAGACACAUCAGCAGAUGGAGUCAUUGAUCUAACGACCAACCGUCGCUCCCGGCAACAACUAGUCAUCCAGAGGGCAGUAACCUGUGUUCAGGUAAAGCCAGAACCUGGAAUAAGCCCACCACCUUUGCUUGGACACUCACAGUUGGGUGAAACUGGGUUGGAUGGGACAGCCAAUACAAGCACAGGCACAAUAGAAGAUAUCCAUGGAGACAGUAACUCUGAAAGCCCUUUGGCUAGUGUGGCACUGCCUUGUGCUGACCCCUCCUACUGCAGUGGAACGCCACCUCUUUCUCAGCCAAUUACAUGCAGCACUACCACUGUUCCUAGCAACUCCACCACAACUAAAACUGAGCCUGGCUCUGCUACGCCCUGCAAUGUGAUAGUUAAUGGGAGCUGUAAUGUGCCAUUUGCAGACGGUUCGAUCAGGACACCACCAUUAGAACAGCGCCCCCUAGUGGACCCCUGUCGCAGGACCGCCACUGUUUGUGACGAGUCUAUUGGUGCAGAUCUAGAAGGAGAGGACCUGAAAGAGAACAGCUGCUUAGCUACGGAAAAAGACUCGGCAGGUAAGAGAAGCUUAAGUGACCAGUCUGCCAUUACAACAGGAACAGGGGAGGACAAAUCUCAGAGCCCUGAAGAUCCCCCAUCUGGUGAGGACCAUGCCUAUGCCCUGCCCCUAAUGCCCAAACCAGGCUGUGUCAUUCAGCCUGUGCCCAAACCUGCUGACAAAACCGCUGCCAUCCUGCCGUGUGGCUUUACAGUGCCAUUAACAGGAUCAGUGGCUAUGGAAAUGGAGCCUCCGCUGAAGAGAAGGUGUCUGCGUAUCCGCAAUCAGAACAAGUGACACAGAGUGCAUAGAGAUGUUAACAUCUUACCAAAGGGAUAAAGAGCACAACACUGCAACAGAGACCAUCGGCUGUCCACAGACUCCUCCCCAGUCCAGCCAAUCAAGAUGUCAACCUUGUUUUCUCCACUUUUCCAAACCUUCACAUGUACUCUGACAUAGCAUUGGUCAUCCUGAUUGGGCAGCUGUGUGCUCCCUCUACCCCUUUUGGCUAAAUAGACUGACACAAUGUGUUAACCUCGGGAACCUGGGGAACACUCGGUGGAAGUGGUGUUACAAUCUGAGGAGGACUACACUGUACAUAAACAGAUUUCCAAGAACUGCCAUAGGGCCAGAGGGCGGGUCUCAGUCCAAACGGUCAGAAUAGAUCGGCUAGACUGCCAAUCAAACAUGCUCAUGAAUAAUGACACAGUCAGAUUUGGAACAGGGCCAGUCAAAUCCUGCCACAGAUGGAUGGGCUAGUUUGCUGCUUUGUGUGUGCAUUUAAAGAAUCAUGCUUUAAUCUGUCUGUUCGUUUGGGGUCUGAAUCACAUGCCAUUGCUAGUAAUUCAAUACCCUUAGUCAGAGAGACAAUUUAGAACCAGAGCUGCUCUAAAGAUGGACCUAAAACUUUCUGAAUACUCUCUCUGCUCAAAUCUUUCUCUCUGUCCCUCUUUGUUCCCCUGACUCUGUGUAUCAGUAUCUGCAACACCAGCAAAACACUCUGUGCUCUUUCUAAACCUCUUUCCUUUCACUCUUUCUCUCCAUUCUGAGGUGUUCAGGAACUGGGCACCAAAAAAGACAGGAAGAGAGAAAAGUACACACCCUGGAGGGAGUAAAAUCACCACAGCGGGAGCACAAAAACAGAAGGAUGGAGUGAACUUUCAUUUCAUUCCAUCCUGUUAAGAAGCUGGAAACUCAUUCAAUGUUGGAGCAGCCCUGCUGAAAAGAUCAGUUUAGACUGUGCAGGUCCAAGCUGGUUAGUGCUGUUUUGGUUCCGACCAUAAAAAUGCUGAUCAACCAGCAUGGUCUUUCAGGUGAAGAUGGCUGAGGAAGUCUCGCUGAUUAAGCUAAUUUAGAAGCGUGUUGUGGACACCAGCACACCAACAUACUCUGCCAGGGACCAGCAAUGCAAGUCUUUUCAACAGGGAAAAUGGACGGAUGGCAGAAAAUUAGUCAGCACUACUACGUAUUUUUGUGCAAUUAACUUACUCACUGAUUUGAUUGAGGAUAACAGGGUACAGACCUCACCAAGCAUGGCGAACUGUUGAAUUGGCUGCUGGCUUUGCUGCCACUGGCUUGGAGAAUGUCCCACCACAUGGCAAAAAAAGUGAGCUGAUAUGAGCUUAGUUUUAUCACUGACACUCUACAUAGUUCAAUAAAGAGCAGGUCUAGCUCUGCUGGUGGGUUGUGAACAAUGUUAAAAUACUUCUUGUUUGAAAACAGUCAUUAUUUUUCCAAUUCUGUUUGGUGCUGCUAGAGGCACAGAAUUUUCACACUUCGCCUCUAAAUUUUAAAUGAGAAAGAUCACUCCUGGGUUUCCUUUUGUUGUACAAUCACAAUAAUUUGAGCGGUCAUACAGUGUCUCUGUGAGCAGUGAGAUAGUGUCAAGGAUGCAUUCCUGAGGUUCAAUUUUUAUUUUAUUUUUAAGCUUUAUUUUUUGCCAAAUCCUAGUCAGUGCUAAAUUAUAUUCAGUAUUACGUCUUUUCCAGCUAUGGUAACAGAAACUGUUUCCUUCACAGUUCCAAGGUGCCUCAGUGUAGAGUUCACUUCCACUGGAUGCCAAGAACAUUUUACUGAAAGAAAGACUGGGUAGGCGAGGUGGACAAAGAGCCAAAAUCAUAUUUGUUACAAAGAGUAAUGUAAGAGCUGAGUGCAUGGUUAGCAACUAUAUUGAUCUGUUUUUUGUUUGACUAAACUGGAGGAACGAACCUUAAAGCCAAGCAUGUUUAUGUGUGGGAGAGAACGUGUGUCAAAUUUCGAAACUAGUUAUAGCCAAAAAAGAGUUAAAUCUGAACAUUCACAUUAGCCAAUUUAUUUUGGGAGAAAAACUCUAGUAUCAAAUUUUUUUUUAAGAAAGGUGCACAAAAUCACAGGGAGGAUUUAAAAAAUACACCACCUGGGAUAAAAAAUAAUCAGAUGAUUUUACAAAACUGAUUAGUACACUCUAAAAGGCCAAAUAUUUCAGUUAUACAUGAAAAGAGGAAGACAUUUUCCUCUGCAAACAAGAUAUUUGUUUUUGUUUUGUUUUUUAUUUAGUUUUGUUUUUUAGUUUUGUUUGUUUAGUUUUGUUUUGUUUUAUGUUAUAUUUUGUUUUAUGUUAUGUUAUGUUUUGUUUUGUUUUGUUUAGUUUUGUUUUGUUUUAUGUUAUAUUUUGUUUUGUUUUAUGUUAUGUUAUGUUAUGUUAUGUUAUGUUAUGUUAUGUUUUGUUUUGUUUUGUUCAAUUCAUCAUGUUUUUCUCUGAUUACUCUACCCAAAUCUAACUGUCAAAUUAUGACCAAAUUUGCCUUUAACCUUUACCUCUUCUCUAUCCCUCUUCCUCCCUCUCUAUCCCUCUUACUAUUUUCUCUCUGCUCCUGGACGACGUACAAAGAGGAGUGAAAUCCUACCCUAACCCUCUGUACUUUUUCCUACAGGAUUCAGUUUCGCAGUGGUGUAUUUUUUUAAGAGUAGGCUCAGAGGUCUAAUUGUGACUGGUUAGAGUAAGUACUGGAUUUCUCUCUUGGGUUUGCAUGUGGCUGGGUUUCAUUCCAGUGUCAGAUUUAAACACACACAAACACACACACACACACACACACACACACACACACACACAUACACAUUCCUGUGUCAAAUUUAUUUUGUCAGUGCUGAUACGGCUGGCUGACCAUCCGUCUGGAUUGAGGUGUUACAGAGAACAGAUUGCUAAAAAGGGCGAAAUUUCAGAGAAACACACACACUUAAAGAACCAAGCUCAGUUACUUAUUCAAUGUGUUUGGUGUAUGAAUCACUGUGUGUGUUUGUGUGUCUAUGUGUGUAGGGGGAGGCUCAUCAAGGGCUGCAUGGGACACACAGAGGCUUAGUCUUGGGAUCUGAGAUUAUUUACACUGUGUGUGUGGUGCAACCAAACGUACAUGUCUGGAUUGGUUAAGAGGAGCCAGCAACAGCAUUGCAUUAUUGACUCAAAUUUCCUCCCUCUCUAUUUCUCUCUCCUCCUCUUUCAUACUCAGCCCUUUCUGUUCUCUUCCUUAAACUGAAAUUACUAUUAAAGGGAUAGUUCACCCAAACAUGACAAUUCUGUCAUUUAACCUUCCAAACACAUAUGACAUUCUUUCUUCCCUGGAACAAGCCAGGAGAUGUAAGAAAAAAUGACAGCCUCAGUCACAUUUCAAAUUUCAUUGUAUGGAAAAAAGAACAGCGUCAAUAUUUGAAAAUAAAAUUCUCUUUGUGUUCCAUGGAAGAAAAAAUAUUUGGGUUUGUAACAACAACAUUGAUGACAGACUUUUAGUUUUUGGGUGGACUGUCCCUUUAAACACAUUGGACUUACUGAAGUCACUGUGCAUAAAGCUGCACGCACCACCCAAACACCCCAUUACUGCUCAUCUCACAUCAAAGAGCCAGACAUGAAAUAUGAUUUAUUUAUUUUUAUUUUAUUUUUUUACUUCCCUGAGUGUGUGUGUGUGUGUGUGUGUUGCACGGGAGAGAUAAUUGCACUUAUGGUAAACACUGUAAAACUCUUUAACUAUUGCAAACAGGCACAGUGUUCAGCAUAAUAUCCAAAACAGCAUAAUUUCACUCAUAAGGUUCCAAAACAGCUUAAACCAGCCUAAGGUAGUUUAGGGGUCUUCCAUCCUGAUCAGGCUUCUAUGAUGGCUGGUUUUAGAAGACUUUUCAGCUGGUCAUUCUGGGAGCUAAACCAGCUGAGCACUAGCUUGUCCAGCCUGGUAGACCAGCUAAGACCAGCAAACUAGAUUAGGCUGGUUUAAGAUGUUUUUAUUUUUAUUUAUUUUAUUUUUAGCAGGGGUCCAAAUUGCCACUAUGUUGUAGUUGGCACUUUCUUUAAUAUAUGAUUGCCACACUGUAUUUACAGAGUCAGUGGCAUACAGUGUGUCCACUAGAGGGAAGUGAAGUCCAUCUUGUUAACGAGCUCAAACCAGUGCAAUCAAGAGACCCAUGGAGUUAAAUGAACUGAAAUAACAAACCAUAGAGGAGGGUUUGCUUGAGUGCAAUACUGUAAUCCAAUACUGCUUCAAAGGAUCUAGAAGAGAGUCACCUGUUUUAGUGGCCAAACUGUCUUUCAGCCCUGAGGCUUGGUACACAGAACAUUUAGGUUUUUUAUUAAGCAAAAUUAGUCUGAAAAUUUGGAAAGCUUCUGUUUAAUCAGAGAGGGGAACAUGAGCACUGCUUUGGCGAAGCCACACACAUAAACAACAUGGAGGUACAGAAACCCAUAUGCCCAAAUACCAGCAAAACCAUCUUUCACAAGCAAUGUUUUACAGACUAAAACAAAACAGCACAAUCAAAUCAAAGCACUUGCACCCCACCUCACCUCUGCUAUAAUGCUGUAAAAUCAAUAGAACAGGUGGGUUUGAUGUGAAUUUUCACAUUAAUCAACGCAUGAUUCAAAGGGGUCAAGUAGUAGCCAUGUAAGAAACAUGUUUUCCUACCAUUCCUGUUGUCGGAAUAAAAUGUCUUUGUCAGCAGCCAGAAUUAUGCAACAACAAAUUCUUAUAUCUGCACUCUGUGUGAGAGGCACUAUGUCUAAAAUAAAAAAAAGAAACAAAAUGCAGUUUUUAAGGUUCUGAUGUUAAAACUUUUUUGAGCUGCCUUAAUUCUUUGUGUGCUCUGUAAUUAAGAAUGCCUGCUUGUUUAAAUAUCCCACUUUGUAAAAAACAAACAAACGAAAAAAAAUAACAACACCACAAAUAACACAAAUAACAAAAUCAACUUUGUUAUCUGGAUAGUAUGGAUGUAUAGAUGCUUUAUCAGUGUCCUGUAUGAAUCUGAGAUUUUGCUCAAUUUGCCCACCUCUCACUUGCCCCACCCCUUCACCCCAAAAACCUUGUACAUUUUCCCUUGUUGUUGUUUUUCAAUCUUUUUGUGUACUUGCAGAACAUUUUAUAGUAUUAUUUAUUACUGGCAAGCUUUUACAUUUGCAAAUAAUAAAAGAAAGAUGGUUCUUUGAACAGGGUAGCAAGAGGCAGCAAAGCUGCCCAAUGAAAUGUAUGUCUGUUUUAUUUAGUUUUUUGUUUAUUUUCUAAAUUAAGGAAGGAAACAGCAAGAGUAAAAUAAAAAAAUAAAAAAAGAUAAAGUUGUCCUUUGAUUAUGCAGUCGUUAUAAAACUUGUUGCUAUGUAUAAUUUUUUGUGUUGUAACAGUAUUUGUUUAACCCAGUGAAUUGCUUAUUAAAAAACAAAUAAAUAGAGGCACUCUCCAGUU